AUGUCCUACGCUCAAGGUUCCAAUAACAAGCGCUGGGCAGAGCCAGUGGAAAAUGAUGCCACCGUUUUAGGUGCCGUGUUCCAGUACAGGGUGUGCCUGGCAUAUGUACCAUUACAAGAGGGGGAGUCUGGACUUCAGGGCUUCCUGGGACACGCCGGUUUCCCUGGCUCAGAUGGGCUUCCUGGAAUGGAUGGAAAGCCUGGACCACCUGGGUUACCAGGAGAGCAGGGCCCUCAGGGAUUUAAGGGUGACCAAGGUCCAGCUGGAGAAAAAGGAGACCAGGGGUUCUUGGGCGACCCUGGACCACCUGGGGAAAAAGGAGAAAAGGGGACAAAGGGGGUGAGAGGACAAAAUGGCCCUUCUGGACCUGCUGGAGCUCAGGGGAUGAUGGGUGUCAAGGGUGCUUCAGGGUUCCAGGGCCUGCCUGGACCAGAGGGGGAAAGUGGUGCAGUGGGUUCUCCAGGGCUGGCCGGACCUAUGGGGGAGCCAGGGCAGCCGGGGUCAGUCGGAUUACAAGGAGUCAAUGGCUCUCAGGGAGAAAUGGGCCCUUCCGGCUUGCCAGGCCCACGGGGCCCCAAGGGACCACAAGGCUUGCAAGGGAGACGUGGACCUCCAGGGCCUAGAGGAUCACAGGGUCCACUUGGGAUAGAAGGAGCCUCUGGGCCUAAAGGAGACCCUGGAGCAGUCGGUCCUGCUGGACUAAGGGGAGAGCGUGGUCAAGAAGGCCCCAUGGGGUUGAUUGGAAUUCCAGGUUCAAAGGGACUCCCAGGAGACCAGGGUGGUGAAGGCACAGAUGGAGUGAAAGGGGACAUGGGAACCAAAGGAGACAAGGGAGAACGUGGGCCACAGGGGAUGAAAGGGCCCCCAGGAGUUCGAGGUCAAAUGGGUCUGCAGGGAUUUCCUGGACCCAGAGGGCCAGCUGGACCCCAAGGACAUGACGGGAAGGAAGGACAAAUAGGCCCACCUGGCCAGAACAACAAUGAAGGGCCGAAGGGCAGUCGAGGACCAGAUGGCUCGAAGGGAACGCCUGGGCCAAGAGGACACAGGGGCCGUACGGGCCAGCGUGGGUUGGUUGGGAUCCCAGGACCCCCAGGCUUACGAGGCGUUCCUGGAAUAGCAGGCCCAGAAGGAAAGCCUGGUACACAGGGUGUAUCAGGUGCCAUGGGGAGCCCUGGCAGAAAGGGACCAGCUGGUGCUGGUGGCUUACCAGGUGACAGAGGGCAUGAUGGACGUCCUGGACCAAUAGGCCCUCCAGGAAAACCAGGACCAGACGGAGACCCAGGUUCUCCGGGGCCAAGGGGGCUGCCUGGUAAACUUGGCUUGGAAGGACUGCAAGGACCUGUUGGCAUGUAUGGCUACCCAGGAUCUGUUGGUGACAGAGGAAAGGCAGGACCCAGGGGUGAAAAGGGAGAGCCCGGAGUCCGGGGCCCACCAGGAUUUCCAGGAAAAGCCGGUCCCAAAGGUCCCCCUGGCCCACCUGGUGGGAAAGGUCCCCCUGGUCCACAGGGGAGACUGGGAGACCCAGGUCCUAGAGGGCUUCCGGGACUGCUGGGGCUUCCAGGCAUUCAAGGGCCAGAUGGCGUCCACGGUAAGCCUGGUGUGCCAGGAGAGAACGGGCCUGCUGGACUGAGUGGGGCUGCAGGACCGGCUGGAUACCCAGGCCAGGAAGGGCCAGCUGGGCUGGAAGGGCCUUUGGGGGAGAAAGGAGAGAAGGGUGAAGUGGGAGAGCCGGGAGAAGCUGGCAUCAGAGGCCUGGAUGGAGAGCAGGGUUCCCCGGGACUCCCUGGAAUGGAAGGUCAGCCUGGGUCCAAAGGGGAGCAGGGAGACGCAGGAAUCUCAGGGGCUCCAGGUGUCAAUGGAGGCUCUGGGGAGCCAGGAGAGGAAGGGCCAAAGGGACACCCUGGGAGACCUGGGGAACUAGGAAAAAAGGGUGACAUCGGGGAGCCCGGAGAUAUGGGGGAGCCCGGGCCCAAGGGCCAAAAGGGUGACGCCGGCCCCAGGGGCCCUCUUGGAAUGUCUGGAUCAGGUGCCAUUGUGGGAGAAACUGGUGAAAAGGGACUUAAAGGAGAGAAGGGGCAAGAAGGUUUACUGGGCCAGGUCGGUGUGAUUGGGACUGCAGGACCUGCUGGAUCCAGAGGACGAAUUGGUGAAGUAGGCAUCCUAGGUCCACCUGGGUUAGCUGGCCCUGAGGGAGAGAAGGGGGAUCCAGGACCAAGUGGACUGAUUGGCCCAGCUGGUGUGGCUGGAUUGGAGGGAGUCCCUGGGGAAGGUGGAAGAAAAGGAGAGCGAGGCAAGCCAGGGCCUGCUGGUGCAGCAGGCUCCAGGGGUGAAAGUGGGAGCCAAGGACUCAAGGGCUUUGGUGGGCCUGAAGGACCCAAAGGAGAUGAGGGGGGAAAAGGAGAGACUGGCCAUCAGGGUUCUCGUGGACCACCUGGAGAAGUGGGAGCAGCAGGGCUAAGUGGUGUUGAAGGCCCUCCGGGUGAGAGGGGGAAGCUGGGGGAGCCAGGAGAACCGGGACGAACGGGGCCUCGAGGACAACUGGGUCCGGAGGGACAGAGGGGUCGUAAAGGAGAAAAGGGGAACAGUGGGCACAAAGGAGAUCAGGGCCUCCCUGGCAAUCCUGGCAGACGGGGCAAGCGAGGCAAAGCCGGGCACAAGCUCCCAAGAGGCCCCAAGGGACCCAAGGGCCAUCCAGGUGAACCAGGGUCAGAGGGACCACGUGGCCCGCAAGGACCUUACGGGAUUCCUGGACUGAAAGGGGUGAAGGGAGACCAGGGGUCAAAAGGACAGAAGGGUGAGAAAGGCAGCAAGGGAUAUUGUGGCCCGCAAGGAGACGAUGGCUUCAAGGGCAAGCAAGGACCCGUAGGUGCACCUGGAAGGCCAGGAUCAAAGGGAGAGCAGGGUAAUAUUGGCCCGUCUGGUCCAUGGGGAUCCUCCGGCUUCCCUGGAUUGCCAGGCUUAUUUGGACAAAAAGGACUUAAAGGUUUCCAAGGCCUGCCAGGACCCAAAGGCGAGCCAGGCCUGCCUGGUGCGCCCGGCCUUGCCGGUCCCAGGGGACCCUCGCUAAACGUCUCCGUGGAGGAACUGAAGCAUCUGAUUUAUUCAGCCAACAAACUGAGCUACGCCAGGGUGUGGGCUCUUCUGGACAACUUGGGCCGUGAGCUGAAGGUCCUGGUAGACCCCCCAAAUGGCACUAAAGAAAACCCAGCUGCCAACUGCAAGGAGCUCCUCCUGGCUCAGCCUGGCCUGCCUGACGGUUAUUAUUACAUAGACCCCAAUCAAGGCAGUCCGCAGGACUCGCUGCUGGCCUUCUGCAACUUCACGGCAGGGGGAGAGACCUGUAUCGCUCCAGUACGCAAUCAGGUGCCCAUCAAAGCCUGGCUGAGAGCAUACACCUCCAAGGACACCUUUGAGUGGUUCAGUGCCCUGCCUGGGGGCUUCCUGCUGGAAUACCAGGGCGCUAGCACCGUCCAGCUCCGCUUCCUGAAGCUGCACAGCAGCCUCGCCACCCAGAAGGUGUCGUACUCCUGCAGGCCUGACUCCAACGGCAGAGAGCCACAGCUGGAGAAAGCCAUCAAAUUCCUAGUGGACUCCAGGGAGCAGAGCUACCUGUCCACGCUGCCAGGCUGCAUGCUGGACAAUGAGUCGUCCAUCACAGACACCAUAUUCCAGUUUUCCACAGAGGAGCUGGCGCUCUUGCCCCUGCGAGACCUGGCUGUGUUUCACAAUGGAGACAUCUCACACCAGUUUGGAUUCACGGUUGGACCAGUUUGCUUCAGCUGAACCCAGAAACAAAAAUCCACUUUCCCUUUGGGGAAUAUAUGACUGCAAAGGAGAAAGGAACUAAAAAAAAACCUUCCCACUGUUGCACCUCUGGGUAGCUUUUGAAAGCUCCCGUUCCUAUUUAUAAGGUAAUGUUUAUAGCUGCAUUAUGCCAUGGACUACACGGCCUUCUGAAGGAGGAGACUACUGUUUACAAAAGUAAUUGCUCUAUAAAUAUAUAUAUAUAAAAGGUGUUAAUUUAACUCCAUCCAUUAGGCUCUGCUUAAAAGGAGAGCCAAGCUUUCAGCUGGGACCAAGUUUUCUUCCCAAGUCCCUGGGUCCCUUUCUCUGCUGCAGCAGCAGUGUGUAGAGCCGCUGGAUUAGCACAGGCUGUUGCUGCCUGUGAAGAUUCUGCCGAUCAAACAAGCAGCU